GGACCCGACGCGGUCUGGCAACCGCCGUUCCGACGCAAUCAAAAUUGCCGGCGAAGAUGACUAUCUCUCCGAUAGCCGGUUCCUGGGGUCUGAGGCUAAAAGCGCCCCCGUCACGCCGCUUUCCAAGAGCCUUGUUUUCAGUCCCCGUAUCCAGUUUCAUGAGACGUGGCCCAGUGGGGAGUAUGAUCGACGGGGUGACAUUGCCACUUGCAAUCGCCUGACGCCCCUGCUCGCCCAGCAGAUCAAGGAGGAGCUCAACAACUUCAAAAUGGAGAUGGAAGUCCAUGAAACGUCGAAAAUCUAUACCCACUUCCUCUGAGUCGCUGCAUUUAUGAAAGGCGUUUUAACUGCGUGUCUUGUCUUAUUUAAUCUCCCGAGGAGUGUUGGAUCGAUCUAUGACGGCAUGGUACCCCUUGACCACCCAUUCGACCUGUGCUCGACGGUCCAACCGGCCAUCUCUUCAUGCGUUUUUUCUGCGUUCUGGGUGUUACGGCGAAAACCACCUCCAGGUCUUGAACUUCUUUUCGUGUCUUGUGUUCUUCUAUCUACGCAUGGAGGUCUAUGGGGAGUCUUUCCACGGCCAGUGGGGAAUUGCUUGGGAUCGAUGGGUACAACGAAAGGCACUAUCGCCCGUGGUCUUUUCGACUCGGUGGCCUUCGGUCUUUGCUGCACCCGGAUAUCAGGCCUCGAUCUCAUCGACUCUGCCAGCGUCACGUUGUACGUGCGAGCCCAGUGACGUUUAUGGUUUCCUGGACCUUUCUCAUCAACACUAAUUGCGUACCCUCCCACUAAAUGAUGGGGGGGGG